CAAAGCAAGAGACUUAAAAUUCUUAUCUUGUUUUUCCACAAACCAAGGCAAUCAUUCUCUUUCCUUACUCAGCAAAAAAAUUGAUCUCCAAAAGUCAGGUACAAUACAACCAGUUACAACUUACAAUGGAGAGGGUACUAUCAUCUCUUCUCCCCAUGCAGCCCCCGACGUAUGGAAAUCUAAUCACAAUCCUUAGCAUAGAUGGAGGUGGCAUUAGAGGACUGAUUCCUGCCGUAAUCCUUGAGUACCUUGAAUCUCAACUUCAGGAGCUGGACGGGGAGGAUGCAAGACUUGCAGAUUACUUUGACGUGAUAGCAGGAACAAGCACAGGUGGCUUAAUAACUUCCAUGUUAGCCGCUCCAGAUGAAAACAAGCGUCCUUUAUUUGCUGCUAAAGACAUCAAGCCCUUUUAUCUUGAAAACGGCCCUAAGAUAUUCCCCCAGAAGUGGGGCAGACUCGCAUCAGUAAGAAGUGCAUUGAAUGCUUUGUUCGGACCCAAGUAUGAUGGCCAGUAUCUUCACCAAGUUGUGAGGGAGAAACUGGGCGAGAUUCGGUUGCAUGAAACCCUGACCAAUAUCGUCGUUCCAACUUUUGAUAUCAAGAAUUUGCAGCCCACAAUUUUCUCAACUUAUGAGGCCAAGGAAAAGAAAUCCAUGGAUGCUCGUCUAUCCGACUUAUGCAUCAGCACGUCUGCAGCUCCAACUUAUCUUCCUGCAUAUUACUUCCAGAAUCACGAUGAACUCGGAAAUGUUCAAGAGUUCAAUCUUAUCGAUGGUGGUGUUGCCGCAAAUAAUCCGGCUUUGGUUGCAAUAAGCCAAGUAACUAAACAGAUCUUCCACGGAAAUCCAGAUUUCUUCCCAAUUAAGCCCAUGGAUUAUGGCCGUUUUCUAGUGAUUUCAAUAGGCACAGGAUCAGCAAAAGUUGAGCAAAGAUACAAUGCAGCAAAGGCUGCCAAAUGGGGUGUUUUCGGGUGGUUAAUUAGCGGUCAUUCCACUCCCUUAGUGGAUGUUUUCACGCAAGCCAGUGCAGAUAUGGUUGAUUUGCACAUUUCUGAAGUCUUCCGAGCUCUUCACUCUGAAGAUAAUUACCUUCGCAUUCAGGAUGAUACAUUGAUCGGGACGGUUUCUUCGGUUGAUAUUGCAACAAAGAAGAAUUUGGACAACUUGGUUAUUACAGGCACCCAACUGCUGAAAAAACCCGGUUCUAGGGUCAAUCAGCAGACUGGUUCAGUUGAGACAAUAGCAAAUGGCGGUACGAAUGAGGAAGCUCUAAAAAGGUUCGCAAGGCUGCUUUCUGAGGAAAGAAGACUACGGGAGCUUAGAUCUCCUUUAACCAGCAAAACUGCAAAACCUCCACCCCUCACUUAAUCAUGCAAUGCCAAAAACGAUCCAUUUU